AUGUCACUUGGGUGGCUCAUGAUAAUGACAUCUGCUAUUAAUGCCAUAACUCCUGGGGACCUGGCUACUGAAUGGAUGCCAAUUCGCCUCCGCAGUGCUCGGCACUGGCCGGAGAAGAUAUCUGAGUCUCAAUCAAAAAUAGCGAGAGAAAGUGAAGGGCUAUCUGAUUGCGGACGCCCAGAGGGGGAUUCUCCAGAUCUAAGAGUGCUGGUAUCCCCUGGGAUGCCUCAAAUCAAGCUUCAGUCUUCGGACAAUGAGAUUUUUGAUGUGGAUGUAGAAAUCGCAAAAUGUUCGGUCACAAUAAAAACAAUGUUGGAAGAUUUAGGUAUGGAUGACGACGAAGAAGAAGUUGUUCCAUUACCAAACGUGAAUUCAGCUAUACUCAAAAAGGUUAUCCAGUGGGCUACAUACCAUAAAGACGAUCCACCCCUUCCCGAAGACGAUGAAAACAAAGAAAAGCGGACAGAUGACAUUUCAUCUUGGGAUGCCGACUUUUUGAAAGUCGAUCAAGGCACUUUAUUUGAAUUGAUUUUAGCAGCUAAUUACCUCGACAUUAAGGGUUUGUUGGAUGUCACUUGCAAAACGGUAGCUAACAUGAUUAAAGGCAAAACUCCUGACGAAAUUCGUAAAACAUUCAAUAUUAAGAAUGAUUUCACCGCAGCUGAAGAGGAACAAGUUCGCAAGGAAAAUGAAUGGUGUGAAGAAAAG